GAUCGUUCGAUUCCAAAGCCGAUCGUGAUUACGUACCUAGAAUGUUCGCGCUCAUAAAUAUUCAUGUACUGACGUUCUCUUGCGAAUACCGUCAUGCUUCUCAAAGUAAAGUGUCACCAAGACUAUCGAAUUCGGUGAAACUUGAUUCGGUAGAAUCAUCCUUCACCGGACGCGAUUCUAAUUUCCAUCUUGUAGAAAGUGUGCAAACUUUCCUAUUCUUCCUUUUCCUUAUAUCUUGAAACUUUGUCGUUUACGUUCGUUUAAGUGAAACUGAUAAUGAUCGUGUUUACACUUAAAAUGCGCAUGCUAAGAAUACGUGUGCGCAUUAUUCGAUUCGUUCAUAAUUCAAGAUCGAUGUUUUCGAUCAUUUAACUCGUCUAAACAAAAUAUCACGAGCGAUACGAAAUUAGUGCAUUGACGAUGACCAAUUAACAAAGAAGUGAAAAAUCUAGUCAAAUAGCCCCGGAAGAGAUAGUGCUGAAACCUUGAAAGGAGAGAUGACGCGUGAGUCGAUGGUCAAGGUCGGUCUGUGAUUGAAGAACGAUUUAACGGGACAAGAAAAUAAAAUAGACAGCUAUAAGCAUCAUUUCUUUUUCCUUUUUUUUUUCUCAAUCAUUCAAUCUUAUUUACAACGUUACUUUAUUUUCUAGUCAAAAUUGAAAAACCAGAUAGGAAACUGGUAUUUUCUUAUAUUACGUUUAUAUUUUAUAGAAGAAUUUUAUUUAUUUCGAAAGAAUGUUUGACAAACGAACAAGGUUCUUUCGCACGGCAUCCCGAGUAAUCCCAGUUAAUUCGAAUUACAUAAUUACAUCUGCGAAGCAUGCAAGAGAGCAUGUAAUUGUAAGUGUAUCAUACGAGUCGAUAUACCGGUCGAAUUAUCUUUAAAUUAAAUAGAGAUUAGUAAUUAUAUCUAGUUCCUGAUAUUUAACGGUAAUAAUUGUUUUUACGAUCGUAUCAAUCACCAGCUAUGCCGAACGAAAUGGCGAAACCGCAGGUAUCGAACAUUAUUAAUGACAACGCGAAAUCAAAGUCACGUGUCGAAUAGUGUCAAUCGACGAGGCAGGAUUCUGAUUUUUCCUGUAAACCGAGACAGAAAUCUCUGCCGCUUCAUUCAUAUACCUAUCAGUCGGCUGACGACCGUCCAACCGGACAGUCGCUUGUGAAGCGCGUCUCGUGUCACCGAUAUCGUAGGUCAAACGACCCUUAAAAUCAUCUCCAUCAAUGAGAAUUAUCUCGAACAUUUACCUCUCGGCACUCGUCCAAUAAAUAUCGAGUCAAGGAAUCGUGGAACGAGUGAAAGUUUUAAAAAAAAUCAGAAGAUCUUUUAUCCUGAGUUAUAUCAUCGAAAGAUUAAUUAUUAAGGAUUUGUUGUUUCUAUAUAUAUAUUUGUUAUAUUUUUUUCAUUUUUUCUUGAAUUUUAUCGAUCGAUCAAUUUUUGGAAUCGUAAAAAAAAAGUUAUAGAUGUAACGAUUUCAGGCAGAAAGUUUGCCUCGCGGAAAUCCGUAUCGCGUGUUCGAAAUUGGCAUGAAGUAUAUAUUAUAGAAUUUUCGUAGCGUGGUGUGGUGGGGCUGGUUGUUUUUCUUUCUGUUUGGUAGUUCGACACCCGGUCUCGGCACGCGUUUCAGAACGGGUAGUAGUGGGUAUCAUUAGAAAUCGCGUUACCAAUAAAUGUUAUAUCGUUGUGAGAAAUAUUCAUUCUCGAGACGCGAUAUCAACAUCGAUCAUUGUAAUGUUCGCGAUCGAAACGUAGAUCGAAUAUUUCUGUUUUUCGUCGAACGAUAGACGUGUGACGAAACUGAUAAUUGUCCAUUAGUUUUUCGAAUGACGAAACGCGAUUUCGCUGAUGCGUCUACAUUAUAAACCCACGCGUAACUGACUUAUCUGUACUUUAUGAAUAUUGAGAAACGAACGAAACGGUCAGUCGGUAUCGUGUUUUGGUACUGGUGUUCAUGUGUGAAAAGAUCGUCGAGCUCGCGAGAGGCACACUGUCGAGUAGUGAUCGAUUCCCGACUAAAAGAGAUCGAGGAUCAUUCUUCGAGAAAAAGGCGAUAAAUGUAUCCAAAGCGGGGAUCGUGGUCGAUAAGUUACCGAGGCAAGAGAGGAAGAGGAAGAAACGACCAAUAACCAUUAGUGAAAUUUCGAUCUAGCUCGACCUAACCUCUUUCUUUCUCCUCGUCUCGUUUUUUUUUUCUCCUUCUGCCUCUAUCCUGUCUCCUUUCGUCGAUCUGCCCAUUUCUCGACCUUCGCCACGUUGCUUUAGUUUUCGUAUUCAGUGUUGUGCACGAUUUUCGAUCAAUUGAAGAUUCAACAUGGCAUCGUCAAUCAUCGAGGGAAGUGACGAGUAUGGUUUGGGAUAUCAAAACACGUUGAUGUAUGGUCGCUACACGAAGGAUCUGGGUGAAUACGCAAAAGAGGAGGCACGGAAGCUCAAGUACGAGAAAACACGGCGGAAAUACGACAGCAGGGAGGAGGAUCUGCGGAAGUCGAGAAGAGGACCCCUUUGCAGGAAGUUGAUCGCGUUAUUGGCUUUCGCGUGGAAGCACACGGGAGCUAGGUUAGGGGAGGAUUGGGUGUUCUUGGCCCUUCUUGGAAUAAUUAUGGCGCUCAUCAGUUAUGCCAUGGACCGUGGCAUUUCUAUGUGUAACAACGCCAGGAUAUGGCUUUAUCAGGAUCUGACUCACCAUCCGGCGCUUCAAUAUCUCGCCUGGGUGUCCUUGCCGGUUUGCCUGAUCCUCUUCAGCGCCGGCUUCGUGCACAUCGUUGCACCGCAGAGCAUAGGAUCCGGCAUUCCGGAGAUGAAAACGAUCCUACGUGGGGUGGCCUUGAAGGAGUAUCUCACCUUUCGUACGCUCGUGGCGAAGGUGAUAGGUCUGACCGCGACCCUGGGCUCCGGUCUACCGCUGGGCAAGGAAGGUCCAUUCGUGCACAUCGCGAGCAUAGUGGCCACCCUUCUGUCCAAAUUGGUGACGAGUUUCCAAGGGAUCUACGAGAACGAGAGCAGGAACUGCGAGAUGCUCGCUGCGGCAUGCGCCGUAGGGGUGGCGGCCUGUUUCGCGGCCCCUAUCGGCGGCGUUCUGUUCAGCAUCGAGGUAACCACGGUUUAUUUCGCGGUGAGAAAUUAUUGGAGGGGGUUCUUCGCGGCCGUUUGCGGGGCAACCAUGUUCCGCCUGCUCGCGAUCUGGUUUCAACGAGAGGAAACGAUCACGGCGAUGUUCGCGACAAAUUUCACCAUGGACUUCCCCUUCGACCCCCAAGAAUUGUUCGUGUUCGCGUUGAUCGGGGUCGGCAGCGGUAUAGGGGGCGCUUUCUACGUUUGGCUGCACAGGCAAUACGUGAUCUUCAUGAGAAAGAACAAAAGUAUGAACAGCUUUCUGCAGAAAAAUCGCUUCUUAUACCCUGGAAUCGUCUCCUUGCUCGUCUCGUCCGUUUCAUUCCCCCUGGGACUAGGCCAGUUCAUGGCCGGUGAUUUGAACACUCACGAUCAAGUGUACGGUUUGUUCACCAACUUCACUUGGACCAAGCAAGAGUUGGGGGUUGAAGAAAUGAACAUAGUGAAGCAUUGGUCCACCGUGUAUACCGACGUGUUCAUCGGUUUGAUCGGUUUCGUCGCGUUCACGUUCAUCUUCUCGAUCAUAAGCUCCACGGUUCCCGUCCCAUCGGGAAUUUUCAUCCCCGUGUUCAAGAUUGGCGCCGCUCUGGGCAGAGCCAUGGGCGAAGCCAUGGCUCUGUGGUUUCCAAACGGCGUUCGUUACGGCGGUAUCAUAACGCCUAUCGUACCAGGAGGAUACGCUACCGUUGGGGCAGCUGCAUUCUCCGGUGCCGUGACUCAUACGAUAUCCGUGAGCGUUAUCGUGUUUGAGAUGACCGGUCAGAUCACUCACAUCGUCCCAAUUAUGAUCGCCGUGUUGAUCAGCAACGCCAUUGCCGCCCUUCUUCAGCCCAGCAUAUACGACAGUAUCAUUUUGAUCAAGAAGCUGCCCUAUCUUCCAGACCUGUUGCCAUCCAGUUCAGGAAUGUACAACGUGUACGUGGAAGAUUUCAUGGUUCGUGACGUGAAGUAUAUCUGGCAUGGAAUCUCCUAUCAGAAGUUGAAGGAAAUUUUAAAGGAAAACCGCAAGCUUCGCGGUUUCCCCCUUGUCGACAAUCCCGACUCGAUGAUCCUGCUUGGAUCCAUCCAGAGAUUGGAAUUAAUCAAGCUGAUCGAGAAGCACAUAGGGCGUGAAAGGAGGUUGCAGGUGGCUCAAAAGUGGCACAAGGAGGCCGAGGAGAGGGCGCGGGAGGAAAUGGAACGACAAUUGAGGGAUCAGGAGAGGACGAGGAGGCCGUCCAGGUUCGAAGUGAUCCCUGCUCCGGAUAUUCUUAAGAUGCAGAGGCAAAGUGCUAACGAUUUAACGAUGUCUCCGAACAACGGUGCCGCUCCUGAUCACCACACCUACCAUUCCCCGAUAUUUGGCUCGCAACCGAAGAAAUCGAUCUUGAAGAAGACCAAUUCCUUCACGUUGAAAGGAUUCAGCCCGUUGGUGAGUCCUGCAGCUACUCCUUACACAACCGUGACCGGUGCGGAGAGCAGGAUCCGUCUUGCCUUCGAGGCGAUCUUCCGCAAGUCAGCCACUUUGCAAGACGUGGAUCCAGAUCCAGAGAUAGGGGCCGGUGCUGGUGUCAGGCGUGACAGUCAGGAGGUACCGCCGCACACUCCGAUGCUGGCGCCAAGUCCUGCCACCUCGAAGAAAGUACAACUGCCUCGCGAAAGGGUGAUAGAUAUGUCGGCAGAGGAUCAGAAGCGAUGGGAGGAGAGCGAAAUGUCGUUGGAGGUGGAUUUCUCGAGGUGUCACAUCGAUCCAGCACCCUUCCAGCUGGUCGAGCGAACAUCUUUGUUGAAGGUUCACAGUCUGUUCAGCAUGGUGGGGGUGAAUCACGCUUACGUGACGGCUAUCGGGAGGCUAGUCGGGGUUGUAGGAUUGAAAGAGCUGAGGAAAGCGAUAGAGGAUGCCAACGCUGGAAUCUUGCCCAUGCAUUGCGAAUCUCACAUAGGCGUAUCCACGUCGAGCAUCGCCAAGAGCGAAACGGACACGGAGAGCAAGAAUGUCAGCACGAUGAACUCUAUUGCUUCCGUUGAUUGCGAGAAAGUCGAAAAAGUCUGAGUGAAAGUAGGAGGGAAAGAGAGAGAGAGAGAGAAGAGAAAGGAGGGAAAUGAGAGAUGGUCAAGGAAGGGAGAUACGUAGAAGCAAAAAUGUGAUAGUUAUAUUGUCAGAAUUGGCAAUAUGACCCGAACGAGAGACGUGUUUUUCUUUUCUUUUUUUUUUUCUUUUUUUUUUUUUAUCGAUUAAAUAUUCCUUUUCUCUUAUAAUAGAUAAUAAGAGAGAGAAAAUAUAGAACACUCCCUGCGAAGCUCGAGCAACAAGUCAUACAUUUUUUUUUCUUCUUUUUUUUAACCGCUUAUAACUAUCAUCGCUUUCAAAUACCUCUCGUACUUAAUCUCAGGACAAGAUUAUCUUGCAGAACGAAUCGUUCUUCUUAUCAUGUGACGCGCAUUUCUUUCUUCAACGUGUCAUCGUGUUAAAAAACUUGGAAAUUGGUAAAUAAAUUUGGCGUGUGGCUUGUGAUUUUCCUUUGCGCGCAAAAGGGAGUUUUCGUUACCACGAAGUAUCAGGGUCUGUCGAGUUUUCUUGUUCUUUUCUUUUUUUUCCUUUCCUUUUAGCUAGAUUUUCUUUUUUCACGUGCGCGAUUUCCUCUUCGUACUUUAUAGUCACGUAGAUAAUAAGGUAGUAUAGAUAAUAAUAGAGAAAAAAAGAGAAUGAAAGUUACCACGUGCGUAUCUGUAAAUGAAUGGUUGUGAUUUGUCAAUGGCGACUCUUUGACUCGGUGAUAUCAAUCCUCAGAGGAACAUUCUCAUUUCCAAUGGCGUGUGGAUGCUUAUCACGCUGUGCUAAAAUGUCGAAGCUUCUCGAGAACUCUAUUUAAACGUGGUGCUUCGGUGAUACCCGAUGAGUGGCUUCGUCUUUUAUAAAAUAUAUAUGCUGUGACUCGUGUGACUGUGUUUAAUGGCGAGCAACGCGAGUCGUCAAACGUGAUCGUUAAUGUAUUGUAAUGUUACAAGGAGCGCGAUGUAUCCUGCCGCGACAAGGGUGAUUUAUCUCGAGUUUAUUAUUUAAGAAAAGAUUCGCGGAUUCGGGGCUCGCGUUGAAUGCUCUUUUAGUCUUUUAGUGUAAUUUAAUUUUAUGACUAUGGUUGUGCCAACCCUAUUUAUUUUAAUUAUAAUGAUUAUUGUUAAUUCUGUAAGUACGUAAAAACUUAUUAGAUCAUGUUGAAAAAUCCAUUCGCAACAAUAUUCUCAGCUGGAUCUUUGUGAAAUUUGAUUGAAUUUUAGAACAGUAUAUUGUACAGCUUUUAUUUUAUGAAAGAGAGAUUAACAUUAAUCUGUCUUGUUAUUCUGUCGUUUAAAUCAAAGCUUCGCAAAGAUCCGUCUAAUUUAGAUUUCUUUAUCAGAAGCUUUGUUUUAGCUGAUCAAAUAUCCGACGAGGCGACAUGGCGUUUAUAAUAAUGGAAUAUUUUAACGACAACGUAGCAUAAUUUAAAAUGAUAAUAUCUUAAUUGAUCGUUAUAAUAAGUAUCUAGGACCAGAAACUGAUGUAUCCGCUCCAAUUAAUACGAAAAAUCCGAAUAUUAAUUUAAGGACAAAGUUCGUAGGGCAUUUUACAUUCCAUCUGAUAAAUAUUCUCACGACUGCAUCCCAUUUUAUUGUAAAUUUAUUGCGUUACAUGUCAUCGAAGCUUUAUGACACAUUAUUCGCCAAAUAUAAGUUACACUGUACAAUCGGGAGAAAACAUUAAAUAAUUUAUUAUAUUGUAUACAUAUUGUGCAGUUAAUAUAUACAUACAUAUAUAUAUAUUAUGUACACAUAUACAUAUUUUUCUUAAUAUCGCAAUUUCAUUGUUAAAACAAUCAUUCAUAGAACAAUGUUUUUAAUUCCGAAGCUACUAACGAAACAAUAAUCAAGCCAACAAAAUGGAGCUGAAAAAAUAUAGAUAUUAUAUGAUAAAAAUAUAUCGACAAUUUAAUAUAA